UUCAGACGCGUCUUAAAUUACCCCUCCGCACCUGCCGCUCAUUCCGCUUCCCACGAACCCUCCCAUAUAAUACUCCCGUACAAACUCCUCUUUUCACAUUACCCUCUUUCCCCCUCCAAAUCCCUCUCUGCAACUCCCCCAAAUCUCUACAAUGGUUGAGCCUGCUACUACUGGUGGGGCACCUGUAAUUGAUAACACACCGUUGUUGAAAGAUGAGCUUGAUAUUGUCAUCCCCACCAUUAGGAAUCUCGACUUUCUCGAGAUGUGGAGGCCCUUCUUUCAACCCUACCAUCUGAUCAUCGUCCAAGAUGGUGACCCAUCAAAAAUCAUCAAGGUACCUGAUGGUUUUGACUACGAGCUCUAUAAUAGGAACGAUAUUAAUAAGAUCUUGGGCCCCAAGGCCUCCUGUAUUUCCUUCAAGGAUUCCGCUUGCCGAUGCUUCGGUUACAUGGUGUCCAAGAAGAAAUAUAUUUUCACCAUUGAUGAUGAUUGCUUUGUUGCUAAGGAUCCAUCUGGAAAAGCCAUUAAUGCACUUGAGCAGCACAUCAAGAACCUUCUCAGUCCGUCAACUCCCUUUUUCUUCAAUACACUGUAUGACCCUUUCCGUGAUGGUGCAGAUUUUGUCCGUGGAUAUCCUUUCAGUCUCCGUGAGGGUGUUCCAACUGCUGUUUCUCACGGCCUCUGGCUUAACAUCCCAGAUUACGAUGCCCCAACACAGCUUGUGAAGCCUCUUGAAAGAAAUACUAGGUAUGUGGAUGCUGUCUUGACGAUUCCAAAGGGAACCCUGUUCCCUAUGUGUGGCAUGAACUUGGCAUUCGACCGUGAGUUGAUUGGGCCUGCAAUGUACUUUGGACUGAUGGGUGAUGGUCAGCCAAUUGGCCGCUAUGACGAUAUGUGGGCUGGUUGGUGCACCAAGGUGAUAUGUGAUCACUUGGGGUUGGGGGUGAAGACAGGUUUGCCCUACAUCUUUCACAGCAAAGCUAGCAACCCAUUUGUGAAUCUGAAGAAAGAAUACAAAGGCAUCUUCUGGCAGGAAGAGAUCAUCCCAUUUUUCCAGUCGGCUGUGCUUCCAAAAGAUUGCACCACUGUCCAAAAGUGCUAUAUUGAACUGUCAAAGCAGGUGAAAGAGAAGCUUGCCAAGGUUGAUCCUUACUUUGACAAGCUUGCAGAUGCCAUGGUCACAUGGAUAGAAGCUUGGGAUGAGCUUAACCCCUCUAACGCACCCAAUGGAAAAGCUUAAGCCAGGAUUUUGGUUAGCUUCAAAUAACAUUAAUUUUCCAUGAUUUAUGGGAUGGAUAGUCUUUUCAAAUAGUAUUAUUACUCUCCUUCCUCCUUUAGUUUUCUCUUCUAUUUGUCUCCUGAUAAAUCAAAAGUCAGGGAUCCGGUCUGGAAGCUGUUGGAUAUAGGUUUAUUUAUUUACAAAAUGCUAUGAGCAUAGAAGAACAAUAAGAUAUAGUUCCAUACAGUACUGAAUUUGAAUAACAACGUUUACUUGUUUGGUUUCCCGUCUUUUA